AAACAGUGUGAAAGGAGAAAGAAGAAAACCAUUCACCAUGUCCUCUACCAUGCAUAUUCCUCGUGGGCAGACCUGUGAAUUAAGAGUCACAGUAUCCAUCUUAGCAUUACUCUUCAUAAAAGUGUUGUCAGCUCCUGAAAGUGAUGUGGUCAAUAGUCUUCCAGGACAACCACCUGUGCACUUCAAACAAUACGCAGGAUAUGUCACAGUAGACAAGAGAAGUGACAGGGCUCUGUUCUAUUACUUUGUUGAAGCAGAGACAGAACCGGAUUUGAAGCCUUUGGUUCUUUGGCUCAAUGGAGGGCCAGGUUGUUCAUCAUUCGGUGUUGGUGCACUUACUGAGAAUGGCCCAUUUCAACCGAAGGGAGACAAAUUGGUCAGAAAUGGCUAUAGUUGGAACAAAGAAGCAAACGUUCUGUAUUUGGAGAGUCCUGCAGGAGUUGGAUUUUCUUAUUCUAGUGAUCCAACUUACUAUAUGGGUGUGAAUGACACUCUAACAGCAAAUGAUAACCUGAAAUUUCUUCGGGGCUGGUUUAAAAAGUUUCCCGAGUUCAAAACCAGAGAGCUUUAUUUGACAGGGGAAAGCUAUGCAGGGCACUAUAUUCCUCAGUUGGCAGAUCUUAUUGUCAGGGCCAACAGAAAACAGAAGGUCUUCAAUUUGAAGGGCGUAGCUAUAGGCAACCCACUACUGGAUUUCUACACAGAUGUGAAUGCAAGAGCGGAAUACUACUGGUCACACGGUCUCAUAUCUGACCCCACAUACAAAAUGAUGAUUACAGGCUGCACCGUCGCUCGCUAUACAGAUGAAUUUUACAGAGGCAGAGUUUCCAACACUUGUAAGCAGAUCUACGCAAUCGUCGACAAGGAACUUAGCCAAAACAUCAACGGCCACGAUGUGACUCUCGACGUCUGCAUUUCCUCUCUUCUCAUGCAAUCCAAAUUGCUCAGAGCUCAGAAGAACAGGGUCAGAAUAGAAACCGAAAGAGUAGAGGUAGACGUUUGUGUUCAAGACGAAGCUAUAACAUAUCUGAAUAGGCCGGAAGUACAGAAGGCAUUGCAUGCGCGCCUUACUGGAGGCAUCAGCACCUGGAAGAUAUGCAGCAACGUGCUUAAAUACGACCAUCUCAAUCUAGAGAUACCCACCACAGAUUUGCUGGGUAAACUUGUAAAUGCUGGUAUAAGAGUUUUAAUUUAUAGUGGAGAUCAGGAUUCAGUGAUUCCUCUAACAGGAACAAGGACAUUGAUAACCAAUCUUGCUUCAGAUAUGCAGCUGAACACAACGGUUCCUUACAGUGUCUGGUUUGAAGGGAAGCAGGUGGCAGGAUGGACACAGGUAUACAGCAACAUUCUGUCAUUUGCAACGGUGAGAGGAGCAGCUCAUGAAGUUCCCUUCUCUCAGCCAGAGAGAUCCCUCGUCUUGUUGAAGGCCUUCCUCUCUGGCCAACCUCUGCCCUCCAAAUUCUAAGCUUUUGUUUCAUACCAGAAAGAGCAUGACAUUAAAAGAAGUAUGAGAUAAAUAUGAUCUUUUUUGGGCACCAUUAGUAAGUUUUGUGUAUUGCUUUAGAGGUAGAUUUGACAAUUAAGGACUUUCUUGUUAAGUUCAAGUUGUUAUUGUCACAAUUAAAAGAUAAUGGAAAAGACAAUUGAAAAAGAGUGCAGAGCUCUCCUCAACUAUUCUCUUUUAUCUUCUAUUUCAUCAGGAAUGCCUUGUGACUUUAGAUAUCUGUUUUGCUUAGACACAAAAUAGUGUGAGUAGGGAGGUACAUAAGACACAAAAUAAUGUAGAGGGGCAGGCGACGCGUAAUCCUUCCACUGUAAGUAUCAAUAUCUGAA